AUGAACCACACCAACUUCGAGCAACGGCUCGACUUCAUUCGAACUACAAUUCAACAGCAGUAUGGAUUGAGUACCGUUGCCAUUGACCCAAUCGAAUAUGAUCCGCAAUGCAUGUUCCCCUACAACAAUUUCGUCUACCGCGUGAAACUCUCUCGUUCUACUUUCCCCUCGUCCCAACGCAGAACAGUGCUCGACGCGCCGGCUGCCCAACCCGGUACCGUUGCGAUUCCCGAUUCUGCUCAGCAUGUCGUCAUGCGCCUCAGCAAUGCUGCCGCGGGACUCAACGAUCAGAAUCGAGUACAAAAUGAGGUUGCAGCAAUGUCUCUCGCCCGCAAAGCCCUCGCCCCUCGACAGAUUGUCCCCACCGUCUAUGGCUGGGCAAGUGCUGCGAAAGAUCAGGGUUGGAUUCUGAUGGAACACAUGAGAGGCACUCCGCUCGAUGCAAAUUUCGAAGAUAUGAGCUCGGAUGACAAAAACAAAACUCUGAAGGAAGUUGCGGAUAUUGUUAGGGCCAUGCAGCAGUAUGAGCUGCCAGAGAGCAUCCAAGGAUUCGGUGGUCUGGAUUUUGGCAGUGACGGCAAUAUCGUCAGUGGGCCACUUACGGUCUUUCCCUGCGGACCUUUCACGACAUAUUCAAUGCUGGUGAAGGGCGUCCUGUAUGAACAACUUGCUGCUGCCGACAAGAGUCCUAUUAUUCGUGGUUGGACAACCAAAGACACUCGGGCCAAGCUGGAGAGGUUUAUCACCAAAAAUGUUGAUCGAAUGCUGCAAGGUAUCAACACUGAGAAGAAGCGACUUGUUCAUGGAGAUUUCACUAUGAAUAACUUCUUGUUUGACAAAGAAGCUGGUCAAAUUACCGCCAUCCUUGACUUUGACUGGGCCCAGAUUGGCUUGGCAGCAGAUGAGAUAUUGCGGUCUUUUCAUAAGUGCUACGCUCGGUUUCCGGGUCCUUACGAGCAGGACCCAGACCGUGUUUCGUUACGGCACGCCCUUUUACACGGUUUCCCCUCUCCCCUACCUAUUUCAUCUCGAAGCGUUAGAUGGGACAUAGCAGAGAUGUGGGACAGUCAACUCGCAGAUGUUGAUGCAGAGAGGCCCAGUACGCUCGAAGGAAUCGAACCCUUGUCUCGCUUGUAUACGCUCCUGGAUAUGAUUUGCCCUGAUAUGCUUUCCAAUGAGGUUAUUAUUAAGCAAAGGAGCAGGAAGACAAUGGAACGGGAAAAGGAAGUUGCGGAAGAGGUUCUGGAGCGAUUUUUAAAGGAGAAUCAAGCCUGA